AUGACAACACCAUGGAAGAAAGGAGAGAGGAGAUGGAUUGGAGAAGUACAAGAUCAGUGGGUUAUGUACUCCGACAACCCAACCGACUACACCCUCCACGCACCAAUAGGCUACGGCUCAACCUCCGUCGUCUAUCUCUCAUCGUACCACCCCCCCUCCUCCUCCUCCCCCUCCCAGCCCCUAGCCUGCGCCGUAAAACUCAUAAACCUCGACCUCCUCCCCCCCCAAUCCCUACACCAGCUCACACAAGAAACCCGGCUCAUGUCCCUCUCCAAACACCCAAAUGUCCUCCGCGUCCGUGGCAGCUGGACAGAGGGGAGUAGAUUGUAUAUCGCUAUGCGCCUGAUGAGGAAGGGCAGUGUGGCGGAUCUGAUGGCGUAUAGGUAUCAGGGUGGGCUGGCAGAGGACGUUUGUCGGUGUAUACUAAAACAAGCAUUAGAGGGGCUCAAAUACCUCCACGUAAACGGGUUCAUACACCGGGAUGUCAAAGCCGCGAAUUUGCUCAUCGACGAUGACGGUACUGUCCUCCUCGGCGAUCUGGGAGUGGCAGUGUCAACACUGGACGAUGUCCCUUCCCCGACUAGUACUACCUUUUCCAGCUCUACCUUCUCCACCAGCAUCGGCACCAGCACCGGCACUGGCGCAGGCACCGGUACUGGCACCGGUAAUGGUACCGCCACUGCACGUCCCCGGAUAAGGAAACGGAGUUUUGUAGGAACGCCGAGCUGGAUGGCCCCGGAGGUCAUAAGAAGGCAGGCGUAUGACAGUUCUGCAGACAUCUGGUCCUUCGGAAUCCUAAGCCUCGAAUUAACACGCGGUCGAGCCCCUUACUCCCGUCUCCCCCCCUCCCGCAUCCUCUCCCAAAUCCUCACUCUCCCCCCUCCCACACUUCUCCUCACCGGGGGAGUUUACACCUACACCCCGCAAUUCGCUGACAUCAUCUCCCUCUGCCUUUCCCCAGACCCGGGAGCGAGACCCGGAGCGGGGGAGUUGCUGGAUAAGGCGUGGUUUAGGCAAGCGAGGAAGAAGGCGUUCUUGGUUGGGAGUGUGCUUCAAGGGCUGCCCCCGCUGGAGGAGAGGUUGGUGAGGAGGGGGGAGGGAGAUGGGGGGGGGAGGGCACGGGGGAGGGGUGGGAUUUUACGUUCACUGGGGUGGGGACGGGGACGGGGACGGGGACGGGGGCGGGGAGUUUGGGGGGCGUGAGGAAUGAGAGGAGCGAGAGGAGUGAGGAGGUGCCCGACCGUCCUAAGUGUGCGACAGGACCGAGCCCCGCGCCCCUGGAGCGUGAGCAAGAGGAAGACGAAGGGGAAGAGGAGGAAGACGAAGAAGAAGAUUGGGAACCGGAGGCCUUUCCUCUCCCUUGUGUCUCCUCCGAGGGAGAAAGGCUGUUUGGGACUGGAGCUGAACCUGAAGCUAGUGACGAACCCGAACUCGAACCUGAACUCGAACCUGAACCUGAACCUGGCCUCGAACCUGAACCAGGACGCGAACUUGAACGAGGAGGCGAACCUGAACCAGGACGCGAACCUGAACCAGGACGUGAAGCAGCGCCUGAAGUGGAGCCGGUCGUCCUUUCCGUCCAUCAUUUGGGAAAUGACACGAUCCCGACACCGGUCCCAGAUCUGGCAGACCGAUCUCCAGCACGGGGAGCGAUCAACCACAUUUUGCCUGCUGCUACCUCGCACUCCCACUCCGCAGGCAAGGAAGCGAACGGGUUUCCCCGCGAGCUUCUCUUACAGAACGGGUCGUACCCCCCCUCGCACUCGCACGCACAGGACGCCGGGCAUGGGCAGGCAGACGAAGAGGACCAAGAGCAAGAGGACCAAGAGCAAGACAAAGCAGAGAAAGCGGAGAAAGCGGACGUCCCUACUCCCCUUACCCGUUCCAGGCGUCCAUCGACCACUCUCAGCGUUCCCCUCUCCCUUUCCCGUUCCCUUUCUCGUUCCCUUUCCCGCUCGCCUUCCCGUUCCGGGACUGGCGCAGGGACACAAGGAGAGACCUCGCACAAAGACAAAGACAAAGAGAAGGAAAAAGGGUUCUUGAACGGCUUUCGCAGGAGGCUGAGUUCUACUUCUGCCCGGGAGGGACGGGAAGGGAGGGAGAAAGGCCUCGUGGGGUUGUUGAAGCGAGGAAAAUGGGCGGGGGGGGAGCUAGCCUCACCAUGCACACUGCACACUGCACACUGCACGCAAUAAGAAAUGUAUCUUUUGUCUCGUCUAUCGCUAGCUACGUGGG